AUGCGCGGGCGGGGUGAGCUCCCCAAGGCGAGGUCCAUUCUUGUCAUGGACAACUUGCACGCUCAGACCACGGACGAGUUCAAGGAGUAUCUUGCGAAGCACUGCAACUCUCUCGCCUGGAAUGGCCCUUCGGAGUGCACCGACGGACGAGUCGGGAGGCAGAUGGACAUAUGGCUCGAGCAGUCGGACAACCUCGAGAGGUGGGAAACCGCGUCGCUGACAGCUUCUGAUCGGCGCGUCCUGAUCACUCAGUGGAUGGGAGCGGCCAUGGCAAGACUCGACAGCCAACAGGCGUANUCGGGCGAUGAUCGAAUCACCUUGGAAGGUUUGGACAAGCCGUAUAACUUCGCUAGCGAUGAAGACAGUAGCGACGACGAACAAGGUUCGGAGAACGGCAACGAUGAGCCUGAGGGCAGGACGGAGGAGGGCGAUGGAGGACGUGAGACGCUCAUGGAGGGCGUUGACUCCNACUUCGCUAGCGAUGAAGACAGUAGCGACGACGAACAAGGUUCGGAGAACGGCAACGAUGAGCCUGAGGGCAGGACGGAGGAGGGCGAUGGAGGACGUGAGACGCUCAUGGAGGGCGUUGACUCCAGCGAUGAAGACGACGGCGCUCUUCUGGACGACGACGACAGCAUGGACCCACAAGACCCGGAGGAUGAGAUACAGCGAAUGGAGAUCCCGGCAGCCUUUCGUAUUCAACAAGCUAAACCCGUUGCUCUUGACAGAUUGCUUUUGCGGCGUGGAGUGCUCGUUAGGCUGGGCAUAGGGUGGAUUGGAGGGCUGAUCAAUCAACAAUCUCAGAAGGACACUCGCCACCUAUACGACUACUACUGUGUGCAGCUGGAGCUAGACCAGAGUACGCGCAAGAUGAAGUUGCCCUUAGACAAAUUCAAAACUUUGGCUCCAAAGUUUGGACAACUUUGGAUCGAAACUUUGGACACCUCCAAGAUUCAUUUCAAACCUGCUGUGACGUGCAAGUGUUCAAAAAUACAAAAAUGCACGCCGUCCGUGCUGAGGAGCUGCACUCAACACCAAACCGCCCCCACAACACCCUACACAACGCGGAAAACACCAGCCAUGGCGACCAAUGCGGAGCCCACGAAAACCCACAGUGGUCGACAGACCAAACCCCCGGCGAAAUACAACAACAACGGGUCUCUCGGCGCCGCUGUAGGCGGCGGUGGGCUGGCGCCCACCGCGAGUCUCCUCCCUGGCUUCACCGCGUCUCGUUCGACCAGGGGGGUCGCUGUCGCCACCAACAACCAGAGCGAGGGCGGAGCUGUCAGCUCCGGUCGGGUGGCGCCCACCGUCCGUGCCUCGUCGGGCAAGGGAAAAGGCAAGGCGCUGGAGGGGGAGCAGCACCUCGAUGCUGAAGUGCAAGCCAUCAUGAUUGACUCCCGUUUUUGUUCCGACACCGGGUCCGAAGAAAAAGCAGCAAGCGAUGCCGACGUGGAGGGCGGCGGCGGCAACGACGAUGGCGGCAGCACCAACGAAGACAGCGACAGCGAGGAAUUUAGUCUUCAUAACCCUCGUCAGGGUCGGGUCCUCGGCAAGGUAGCAGGCGGAGCGGGUGCGGGCCGGUCGAGCGGAUCGAGCGGAUCUCGCAGCAGCUCCCCCGUCGAAGCGGGGGCGCAAAGGCUCAGACAGUUCCAACAAUCGCUGAAGCGUCACCGCGGCAGGAGCUACGACCAGUGGGCGGCGUACCUGCUCAAGGAGGCCUGCGGACUGCGGAAGAUCAGCGGGUACUCGAGGUCGUCAGAUACGACCGCCAUGGCUAAGGCGCUGACGCAGCUGGACGUGGUCAUGGAAAGGGACAGCCCGUACUUCGAUGAUUUGGAAGACAGGGCAACAGGCGGAACGGCACCCUCGAAGCCACCAGCCUCGGCGGCGGAGGCGCAGCGAGUUCCACAGCACCUCAUUGCGGCGCUACGUGCUGCAAUCAACGCCGGCGCCUCCCCCGCGCCGACGAAGAUGUACGACUGCGGCGACAAGUCGUACACGGCUGCCGCCAUCAUGGAGGCGAUGAAGGAGGAAGAUAGGCAGAAUGGGGCUGACAACAGCAGCAGCAUCGGACAACGGAGGAAGAGCAAGCACUGCGUACCUCGCUUCUGUGAGCUACUGAUGCACCAGCAGUUCAGGAAGAGGUUCUGCGAGAGUAGGACGCAGCUGAGCAGGAGGGAGCUCGACGCCAAGCAGACGGGGACGAAUCGGGAUAUUCAUCUCGAGCUGUGGGAGGCGUUCAAGGAUGAGAGUUUCGAGGUGCCCAGUUCCUUCGCAGACGACCACCACAUCGUUGGGGCCGGCAUCAACCCCAACACCGUACAUCAGCCGGACAUCACCUUUCAGAAGUUCACGACGAUGAGGACGGAGUUGUUCAAGGACCACGGGGAGAUGUACUCCAACUACAAAAAGUCCGGGAGCAAUGCAGAGAUGUACUCUUUUUGCAAGGAAAGCUUGGACACGUACUACUUUGGGCUGACUACGGAUAAGUGCCCUGACAUCCUGGCGGUCUGCGACCAGAUGCUCCCGGAUGGCACCGCGAGCGAGAACACGGGGGUGGAGAGGGCGGGAGACAAGAAGAGCGGCACCGACGGUGCUGCCGCGGACGCCGGUAAGCGGAAGGCCGCCAAGGUAGAGUCGAAGGAGAGGAACGCGGCCGUGAGCGGCCGGGAUAAGAAGCAGAAGAGGCAGGCGGAUAUGAUUGCGAGUACGGCGAAGGCCGCGAUGGAGACGAUGUUACCCACACUCGGGCUGGGCACGUCCUCCGGGCCCGCGUACACAGACGCUCCAACAUCAUAUUACGAGACCAAGGACGGGAUAGAAAGCAAGGCGGCGAAAACCGACCUACGCACCAAGCUCCGCAAAGAGCUCAAGGAAAUCAAGGAGGAUAUUCGGGUUGAGGAGGCGCGGGGGGAUGCCGCUAACAAGGAAGACCUAGAGCUGUUACGAAUGCAGCAUUCGUCCGUAAGGGCCCAGCUUUUUGAGUUGCUGUCGACACCCGGAGGUAGUGAGGAUUAGGGGAUGCGACCGUGCGCGGUAGGUAGCCGGUGCCCGCGUGGGUGCGUGGUGCGCGGGAGGACGGUAUCGGUUAGUGGGCGAGUAGCGCUACUCUGUUGCGGCUGUGCUGGUUCUUUGUGCUGUAUGACAUGUGACGGUGUACGUUUGGUCGGGUCUUGUGCCGGCCUCUUCGCUCACAUAUGCACUUUGAGUAUUCUUCGUUGGCUGUUUGUCAUUGAAUUGCAUUGUUAUUGUGUUUUGUUUCAGUUUUGGCCCCGGGGGCAGGGUAUUUGGCGUAAAUAUGCUCGCAACAUUUUUUUUUUCCUGGUCCGCCUAUUUCCAAUCCUUCCUUGGUGAAGCGUUUCGAUGCACAACAUCUAUCUCUCUCUCGGAGAAAAUGCGGGGUCUUUGUUGUGGCGCUUCACCAUCACUCUUCUUCAAUCGGUUGUAGCGAGUGUUUGCGUUACAGGAGUAAAGGGGUGUCGUUCCCCAUGUUGUUCUUGCUUUCGACUAGUAGAUAUGACGUGUCACGUUGUGCGGGACCCGCAUUUUGUUGUUGUUGUUUUUUUUUUUUUGGUCGUGUUUACCACUGUCGCGUGGUUGUUGGUCUGAUCACGUUCUGCGGCGGCUUGUUGCCAUUUUCCCAGCGUCAUCUGUUCACGUAGCGGGAGCUGCCUGCGACGGAGCUGCUGUCGUUUCAUAGUGUUCUGGGGCUGUUGAACCAUUUGGAGCUGCAGUACUCACCAAGGGGAGGGAAAUGUGGCUAUCUGUGUCUCCCGACGGGGUGCGUGCGUCCCAUUAUUUUGUGCUCUCUUUCUGUCAACAUGGUUGAUUCGGUGAUUCUUGUGUCUUUCACUGUGUCGGUACACCAAUGGUUGGCCGGUGAUUUUUUCCUCCCUUCGAAGUGCAUGUUCCGCUUAUUUGUGUUCUCUCAUCGUCUAUUUGACAUUGGUUGAUUCAGUGAUUCUCGUAUAUUUCACCGUCUCGAUUCCUACAUGCAGGUUGUUCGGUGUUUUUUUUUUGUCUUUCGUCUUAACGUCGUUGGUCCGACGCGAGGGUACAGGGUAUACCGCGCGAGGCGUGUUGGCCAUGGUUGGACGGCUAGCGAGGAUGGGGCGACGUACUAUGGUUGAGACUUCGGCAUGUAGUUUGCAUGUAGUUUUGUUCUUCUAGUUGUCUUUGCCUUAAACCCGUAAUAUUAAAGAGUACCAAAAUAAAAAAUAAGAAAAACCGGCGGCGGAGUGUUUUCUCUCUGCACGCCCGUUACUUGCGCACGUCUCACAACGACGCUUCAAGCAUACGAAUCCUGGAAGAUCGAAGGGUACACUAGUGGGGUUUGGCCCACGUUCAUUGCGUGGGAAAACGCUAUAAACCGACAACAUGAGAAGUACGCACAGCAGCAAACGAAAAACAGCAACACAACACACGCACGCCAUUUGAAUAACACACCCGAGAAACACGGCCGCCCACAGCCCGGUGCUUCGAAAGACAGGCGAAUACACACAGCCCCCUCAACCCCCCCAG